AUGUCGGGCUUUCUAUCAGGCGCGGCGGUGGAUUGUGGCCCGAGCAAUGUGCUGAAGAGUGUCGGGGGACGGAUGGAUCGUGAUGUCUCUAUGCAGCAGGAUCGCUUUGUCGCCCCGUCUGCUCAAGCCGGUCCUUCUAGGCGUGUCUUUGGAGCUGCUGGGGGCGCUGCACAAUACGAGCAACAGCGCAAUGGCUCGUCGGGCUCGCAGAAGUCCAGCGGCGUACCUUUCGACAUGUCAUCCCUACGCAACCACCUCGUCCCAGCUCAACCUACGCUGGCGCCCACUCCACCUCCGGCUUAUGCCAACGCCCAAUGGGCCGGCUCGUUCCGCCCAGACCAGCAGCACCAGCAGGCUGUAGCAGGACCGUCAUCUUGGCAACAUAGUCCAGCCCAGCAGCUACCACAGAGCAACUGGGCAGCUACUUUCGACCCUCAGACCCAGACGUCGAGCUCCGCCGCCCCUCAGACUCGUACGCAUCAAGGCAAGCCAGCGGGCGUCCCUUUCCAGCCGCGCCUGUACGCUCAGGGCUCCGGACCGAUCUACUCCCCCUACCAGCAGAGCAUGCCUGGCUAUAUGCCUACCUCGACACAUCAUCACCAAUACCAUGAUCAGAUGAUCCAGCACCCACCGGGGAUGCAGCAGGAGCGGGGCGGGGAACAGCAGUGGCCGACUGCGGCGGAGUUUGAUGCGCACAUGGGGAUGGCGUCGUCAGGGACAGCUCAGGAGGAGACAGUAAAUGGCCAAAGAGAGGAGAUGGAGGAGCCGCUGCCCGAGGUCAACUGGAUGGACGACGCGCCGGCGGAUCUGGCUUCGGUGCUAGCCGUCCCUCCUACCAUCCCCGAGGUCCUCCCUCUUCGGUCGGGAGCAACCCAGGAGACCAUUCCCCGUCGCGGUGACCUCAGCUACUCGGACCAAUCCGCCCUCCUCAUGUCAGACCCUUCCUCAUCCACCUCAUACCGCCGGAAAUCCGUCCAUUUCCGCGAAUCCAGCGGUGUCCCCUCUUCCCUGGAAGAAGCUCUCGCGCAGUCCACAUCCAUACCCGGUAUGAGCAGCUCAUGGGAGGAUCCGCUCGUCACGGAUCUGUCCGACUUUGACGAGGACGCGUUUAUGGCGUUCAACGGGGAGAAGACGGUUGCGCAGGAUGGGCGGAUCGGAGUGGGAGAUCUAGAGGGAUGGGGCGAGAUGCAGAAAGACUGGGAUGAAUUACAGCAGACUCUGCCUCAGACGGGAGAGACAAGAGGUGCGGACGGGCGGUACCUUUUCCAAAGUCGGAAUCCGUAUGCCAGCGAAGGGCUCAAGCAGGAUGGGGGCGUCGGCCUGGAAGGUCGGGAGUCUCCAACAAUACGGGGGGUGUUGGAGCUAGAAGCGGCCGUCCAGAAUGAUCCAACAGAUCAUGAAGCCUGGUACGCCCUCGGCCUGAAGCAGCAAGAGAAUGAGCGCGAAAGCGCCGCCAUUCUCGCGCUCGGCAAGGUCGUCCAGCUCGACCCGGACUAUCGGCCCGCCUACCUCGCCCUCGCUGUGUCGUACACGAACGAAGGCGAGCUACGGAUGGCGAAUAGGAUGAUGGAGAAGUGGAUCAACCUUGCUCCUAUGGCGAGUCAGCUAUCGUCGGGGCUGUCGACGGAGACGGACCACGAUGAGGGGGAUUGGCGGGAUGCGCAGGAUGUGCUGAUUGAGCGCCUGAUUGGGCUGGCGAGGAUGAAUCCGGAGGAGCUGGACCCGGAUGUGCAGGUCGCGCUUGGGGUGUUGUUCAAUAGUGGGGAACAGUACGAUAAGGCGGAGGACUGUUUGCUUGCGGCGUUGUCGGUACGACCAGACGAUUGGCUGCUGUACAACCGGGUGGGAGCGACCCUCGCCAAUAGUGGCCGGUCCAACGAGGCGCUGGAGUACUAUCACAAAGCGCUGUCUUUACACCCCAACUUCAUUCGGGCACUCUUCAACAUGGGCAUAUCCUACAUCAAUCUCUCGCAAUACUCUCUGGCUGCUCAGCGUGUCCUCGACGCUCUCAGGCUACAGCAGGCGGACGCGACCGAGGCGUACGCGGCUGGGACCUUGGGAAAGGCUGCGAAAGGGGUCACCAGCGAGACGCUUUGGAACACCUUACGGAGCGCUUGCUUGCAUAUGGGCAGAAGUGACCUGGUCACGCUUGCUACGCGGAGGGAUCUGAGCGCGAGGAUUUCCCAGUGA